AUGACGAUAUUAUGGUAUCGAUUACCAAACUCAUCACCAAGUCCUUUAAAACAAAGAAUCAACCAAUUAAAUGCUGACGAACUUCGACCGAAUUGUUGCGUACCAAAAUUGCUUUUUCGUUUUUGGACUGGUGAUACUAACGUACACAGUAACCGUGCAUUUUUCACGGGCUGA